UUUAACGCUGAAUUUUAAAAGAUAAACAGCAUAAAUCGACGCUAUUACAAACAUUCUGGGUCUGAUAAUUGGUAUGGAUAAAUUUGAAUUGUUAAAACAUUUCGCUUUACCAGACGAUUCGUGUUCUGAAAGUGUGGAAUUACAAGAGACGGAAAACUAUGGCGUACAUUUAAGUGCUAACGUCAACUCCAUUAAUGCAGAAUUCACACGAUUUUCGGAAGACUUGUUACGUUUGGAUGACAAUAAACUUAAUCGUGUCUUGGAGGACAUUGAUAUAAAACACAAAGUAGAUGAGGACGAUGAUAAAACGAACGAGAUCGUCACUGCUACGGAGACGCUUGUGAAUGGAAUUUUACAAGCUGCUGGUGAGAUUGACCCACGGUUCAAAUCAAAAUGCAUCUACAGUGGUAGUUACUAUGACGGUCUAAAAGUAGGAACUGCAGACGAAUUUGAUUUUGUAGCCCGCAUUGAAAUACUUUCAAGAAAAGAUGCCCUCCAAGCAAGACGCUCAGAACGUAAGCGCGGGUUUGUUUACCUGGUCGUUAAGGAUAAUUCUCUCCUAGAAUCGUUUAAAGAGUUUAUAGCGUCACCUGACGACGACCCGUGCUUAGAAAGAAAUGACGUCAUUUUGGACGUAAGUUCAUUUCAAGAUUAUUUUGUAGACUUAAUUUUGUCUGCCAUACGGUCGAUUGAUAUACCAGAAAACUUUAUUCUAGUCGAUAAAGGAGAAGAUGAGAGUAAGUGGCGUCCCUUUCGCCAUGGGCCAUGCGCAACUAUGUAUUUAUCUUACAAGUGUCAAACGACGUCGGACGUGGUCAAUCUUGACAUUGACAUCGCGCCCAGUAUUGCAUAUCCUGAAAUGUAUUAUCAACCUCCAGUUUUAGAAAUAUUAGAACCAUUGAAAGCCAGCAAUCCAUUCCUUUCUAUAGUUGAAACUAUUUGUUUUGCCACAGAAGCCAUGGUUGUUCCAUUCUAUUUUGAUCAUACGGAGCGCAUCGGUGAUUCGCAAUGGAGAUACCGCUACAGUCCAACCUGGAGGAUUUCUCACUCUUCAAUAGAAAAGGCAAUAUUUACCUUAUAUGAAAAGGAUAGUGUUGAGAAAAAGGUGUGUCGAAUUUUGAAGAUAUUGAAAGAGAUAUACUUGCAGGGUACUUUAGAAGUAGAAAUGAAAAGUGAUUCAAAACGUUUAAAACUGCAAGAGCCGCCUAGUACACGACUCGACUUCUGUACUGUAGAAGAAGUGACGAAUGUAUCAAGAGAAUAUGAAUGCAGUACAGACACAGAUGACUCGAGUGCAGAAUACGACAGCUCACAGGAUUCACAAUCCUCUUCUGAAAAUUAAUAUGAUUGGGAAAGAUGAAGAUCGCAAUACAAAACAAACUGGACGACAAGAUGAAACAUACACUAAUGACGAAUCAGAAACGAGACAUGACGAUCAGGAAGACAUUAUAAGAGCAAUGUACCGGGAUCCAAUGAAACAAAGCGAUGACCAGAGAUCUGAAAUUAUCUACGAUCGUAAAUUGAUGGCCAAUCAACUAUAUUCAACAUCCAUUCCUGAAACCAGCACCUCAAAACGUCGAGCAAACAGUUGUUUCGAUCGCGAUUAAACUCGAUCAGAAAUAGAAACAAGUUAUCAGGAUCCAAUAGAAGAUAAGGAUGAUCGAAGGUGUGAAAUUAUU